AGAGGCGCCAAGUGGGCGGAGCCGGCGGGUGUCAUGGCCGCCUCCAGUGGCUGCCCAUGAGUUGCUGUUGGGGAGCUGCUGGGAGAAACCUCCCUCCCUCUCGGCUACCUCUACCUCCUCACGUUGGGAUGAAUGAAGCACCCGGUGCUGCGGUACACUCAAGCUUUCCCUGGUGGUCUGGCUGGAUCCAGGACAGAGGCUUACAUAAACACUGUCCUCUUAGUAGUAGUAGCAGCAGCAGCGGUGGUGCCUCUUAGGAGCAGGGCUCCAGGAGACCCUCUGAGGCUUGUGUGAUGGAUGCCGAGCCGCCCCUUGACCAUCAGGUUGUGCUGGAGCUGGGGCAGCCAGACGACAGCAAGGUGGACCCCGGGGCCAUUUCUGGACCUGCAGCAAAGGUGCCAAGGCUAAAUGGGGGCCAGGAAGACGAGGGGGCUGCUGCGGAGGCACUUCCUGGGCCCAAACCCCUGAAGGAAGAACCCGAGUUCGAGGAGACAGCACAUCACCUCAAGGAAGAAAGGCAGGAAGACGCAAAUGAUGGAGAAGUGUUGGCAGAGGAAGGAGAGUAUUACUUCCCGACCUAUGAUUUUUCGCAGGCCCCCAAACCUCUGACAGGCUCUUGGGUGGAGUACAGCCGCGUACCGGAGAAUUUCCUUAAAGGCUGCAAAUGGGCUCCUGAUGGGACUUGCCUGCUGACCAACAGUGCUGACAACACCCUGCGGAUCUACAACCUCCCCGCUGAGCUGUACGCGGAGGAAUGGGGAACCAUCUCUGAAAUGAGUCCCGUCUUGCGCAUGGCAGAAGGAGACACCGUCUACGAUUACUGCUGGUUCCCGCUGAUGAACUCCUCCGACCCGCAGACUUGUUUUGUCGCUAGCAGCAGCCGGGACAACCCCAUCCACAUAUGGGAUGCUUUCUACGGAGACCUGCGUGCCACCUUUCGGCCCUACAAUCACCUGGAUGAGCUGACGGCCGCCCACUCGCUCUGCUUCACCCCGGACGGCUCCCAGCUCUUCUGCGGCUUCGACAAGACCGUGAGGGUGUUUGACACGGCGCGGCCCGGGCGCAUGUGCGAGAACAGGCCCACCCUCGUGAAGAAGCAGGGCCAGAGUGGGAUCAUUUCCUGCAUUGCCUUCAGCCCGACGCAGCCCAUCUACGCCUGCACCUCGUACUCGAAGACGGUGGGCCUCUACUCCCAAGCGGAGGGCGACCCCCUCACCAUGCUGCACGGGCACCAGGGGGGCGUCACCCACGCCCUCUUCUCCCCGGACGGCUUCCACCUCUUCACCGGGGGGCGCAAGGACACCGAGAUCCUCUGCUGGGACCUUCGGCAGCCAGGCGAGGUCCUGUUUUCUGUGUCCCGGAGAGUUUCCACCAACCAGAGGCUUUAUUUCGACUUAGAUCUGAGUGGGAGAUUUCUCCUGAGCGGCGACACAGAAGGACUGGUCAGCGUCUGGGACACGGCUCGGCCCCCCAGCGGCAGCAACAACCUGGCUCACCCCCUGCUGGAGCCCAUUCUGCAGUUCCAGGCUCUGAGCGACUGUGUCAACGGGAUCAGCCUCCAUCCCAGCCUGCCCCUUCUGGCCACGGCUUCCGGCCAGCGCAAAUUCCCCGACCUGUGGGACAGCGAGGAGGACGAGCAGGAGAAAGGGAGGAGGCCGUCCUCUCGCCAUCAAGACCGCGGCGACAACUCUCUCCAGCUGUGGUGGUGCUCCCCGGACGCCGGGGCGGAGGAGAAGCCCCAGACCCACCCGUAGCCCCGGACCUCUUCCUUGUGCCUACCAACGCUCGAAACUGCCAUGGGGUCGUGAGGGUGCGGGACCUCUGGCGCGCCAAGGGUGCCCCCGGGCCCACGAAUGUUGCCGUGUUUAUAUGUUUAUAUGUGUGACGCUUUUGUACCAAAGAGAGAAUGUGCGUCGUGCGAGAAUGGAGAGAAUGAGAAUUCGGAGAGAAUGGAGCCGGGUGUCGCCGUGUUGGGGAAGGGGCUAGAUUUUGUGCAUGCUCUGAUGGAGAGAUGUGGGGGUCAGUGCAGAGUUGUCGCUGUGCCUAUAUGGGGCAUGAGCUGUUCACUUAGGGCAGGGGUCGGCAACCUCUGGCCCAUGGGCCGGAUGCAGCCCACAAAGAACGUUUUACCAGCC